CCCCUUGAUCGUGUUCUAGGUAUCCAUGGUUCCGUGAUUCAGUCGUUCUCUCAGAGACAAUUACUCCCAGAGCGAUGGUACUGAUCAUACUGGCAUCUAAGUCGUCGUUUUAUCGUGAUCUUACUAUGGGUGAUAACAGAAUUUUUCGACAAAUAAUCCUGUCUCACAGAGAGAGGUACUUCUACGUGGAUGGUGCUGAUCACACUAGUGUCCAGAUGGUCGUCUUCUCUCGCUGUUCAAACUGUUGUUCUCCGCUCUCGAACUGAUGUACACAGCAAUUCUGAGCGUUUGUCGCGAAGUUGUAUCCGUCCGGAACCACGUCUACACAAGAUUAGUUUACAGAGGAUAUCAACGAUGGCGGGUCCCUUUCGUAGAGGAGUAAGCAAGAAUAACGCUGGCAGAAACGUUGAGGAGAGAACUCGCAUAUAUACGGUUACUUAGAAAACACCUGAAACCGCAGGUGUUCAGCAAUCAAACGCACUCCUCAGUUUAAGUUAAGGAGUCCUUUGUUUACAGAUGUGUGGUGAUACUUUACACCUAUUCCAUAUGUAUAAUACUCUUUUACUAACACGUACAGCAUCUUCACUAUGAUUAAGGUGAGCCUUUUCCGUGGAGGCGCACAAUUUGACUCGGCGUAACCAUCAGGCAGUUGUGCCAAGGGCUUUGCGACACAUGCAGACAGCUUUUUUGACACACGGGAUGAGGCUCUGAUCUGAUGUCCUAAUAUCUUCUGCGCCGAGUUCAGUAAAGUGGAUGUAGAAGAUGAACAACUCACUGAAUAAGCUCGCGACAAACCUAACGAAUAUGGAUGGCAGUGGGCGAAGAAAGCUUUACGAACUCUGUUCACAACGUGGUAAAUUUAGAGCAGGGCUCGCGAUGUCGCUCUCGACUUACUGCUGCGCCCACACCUACCUGUCUAUGAAAAAGCAUCAAACAUGGUUUGGUUACCUUGACAUCCAUAAAUGGAUUAAUGCUUAGGUAUGUCUUGUUUCCGGUCAUUUUUGAUUCGGUCAGUGCACGCGAACUGUCGAUGCAGGGGCAGGUCUGCUUACUCUCCUCUGAGACAACUCACCUCCUUCAAGAGAGUGGCAAGCAGUGGAGGGCUGCCGAGCAACACUCGGGCGCCCGAGAGAAUAUGAAAUGACCCCAAAAGAAAGGGUAGUGACUCUUCUGUGGUCCAUUCGAGCAGCUCGCGUCCUUACGUGCAUGUAAGCCUGCCUGUGACUACUCACUCGCAUAGAUGUAAAAACACACAUACAUACAUGGUUAUGGUAGCUCGUUCGGCGACGACAUAAACGUGGCCUUCUUGAGCAAAAAAACACGUAGCGGAUUCUAGAAAAUGAAUUGCCUUUGGGCACAGGAAGGCCGCGCAUUAAGUCGUGGGUCGGUUUGAAUGUGACGAGUGUGUUACCGGUGGGAAUGAAACAAGGCGAAAAAAGGAGGUGCCAAGUUCUCUCCAGAAACAUCAGUUGAAACCCACGCGAAGACUGAUGCAGGCCUCAUCUGUUUAGGGCAGCAGUCACUUUCCCGUUUGUGUUCCGUGCUCACGAACAGCCGAUGGAGUCGGUUAAGCCUCCGUGGUCAAACAGACCCAUGUCGCUGUUGGUCUUCCAGUUCGAAGCGUUGUGGAAACAUAUGGAGCAGAGUACGGUUUUUGAACCAAUAUGGCGAGUCUAAGAAGAAAGCCUGCAAGCAUCGCAGGAAGUGGAAGUGACUUAGACUCAAGACUGUGUUCUGGUGUACGUACACUGGGCGCGGUGAGCGUGCAUGGGUCAGCGGCACACGCGCUCGCCUAUUCCGCUCUCUAAUGACUCUGUGCUUUUUCACACUGGCUUUGAGCAAAAUUCGAGCGAGACAGUUGAACUUUGGCGGCUUUACGCAUUUGCAAGAUUUCCGCCUUCCCGCUUCCUUGCCCUGCUUCUUGUCUCGCUCACAUCGCGGACCACUUUGCCGCUUUCUGGUGUUUCCCGUCACCAGGCGUUUCAGGUUCCCCAUCUCCGCAGUGCUCUCGAGAGUGUUGCCCGGCAGUCCACCGCCCGUCGUCCAUCGUCUCUUGACUGGUAAGCGGCGUUCAAGUCUGAGCUCUAAAGCAUAAAGCGCAUAAUUGCAGGUCCGAAGACGCGUUCGACCAAAAGUAUGGAAUAGACGUUUGCGAGAAAAGCGAAAGGUUGACCACAUGUGUCCCGCGUCUCAGACCUCCCUCAGGCGGAUCGCUCUUCUACGCGCGCUCCUCGUCGCAGGAAUACCGGCGAGGUGACAGUUUGCGCGAGGCACUGCUGUCAUCCUCAAACAGGGCUGUGAUCGUAUCGCGCCGACGAUUUUUCUGGAACUGGGGAAAUCAAGGAAGACGCUCGAAACUCGUGACUCGCAUGUGCGGCCACCACGCUCGGCUCCUCGGGAUGCCUGGCUCAGAAAAGACGAAGAACGCGGCAAGCUGUUGUAUCGUCCUUUUCGUCGAGAUCUCUACAGGCACUCUGUGCCCGCGCCGUCCAUUUCUCCCGGACUCUCUGCUCUCAACGCGUCGACUCUGAGACUUUUUUCACAUCUCAAAAGCUUCAAGAGCUUCGACUGGUGUCUUUCGCUUCUUCGCCCCUCCACGUGUUUCCCUUUCUGCGAAAUCCUCCCCAACGAGAGCGGCCGAAUCCGAAAAGAACGCGCGAGGGAGGCGGCUGCUGGACCUGUCUUUCUCCUAGUUGACUAUUCUUUUCUCGAGAAACGUGCGUUUUCUCCGUCUUUUCGCUCGCGUCGUUUCAGAUUCUCUUUUCCCCGUCUUUCAGUCACCCGUCGUCGUCCUCACUCCCCAACGAAUCUCUGUCUCCUCAUGACCGCCCGCGCUGCUCUCGAUCGUAAAGGCAAGCUGCGCUCUGUUUUUUUCCAGAAACAACCUUUCGUCUUUCCCUUGCGAUUCACAUCUUGAAAUCAGUCCCUCAAAGUACCGGGUCUUUCGUCUUUUCCACCGCUCUCUCCCACUCGCCUAUGCGCCGUCGUUUCAAGAAGAGGGGAAGCCACGCGCCCUCGUCUUGUCGCCAUUCCCCGAUAUGUUUUCACUUUGCCCGUUGAUCCAUUGGCUGUCCUGCUUUCCGUGGCGUUUGGAGUUUCUUCUUCUGCGUCCCCCGUCUUUUUCAGCUUCUUCGCGUUUUCCCAGACUGGCGCCCUCGUACCGCUUUUUCCGCCUCGCCCGCUUCUCUCGGUGUCAGUCGUGGAUUGCUUGUCGUUUGUUUGAGUCGAACAAAAGGCAUUUUUCGUUUGCUUCACCUCCGCCUUUUUCUCGAAAGGAAUUCACUUGAAUCUUGUCAGAGUCAACAGCGUUACGCGGCAAAGACACCACGCCCCGAGAAUUUUCACCCAAGACGCUUUCCAAGUUGUUGUUCGUCCCAAGCGUCACGCCUGUCCCCUAGUGUCUUCGGAACAAGGAACGGCAUGGCUUCUUUUCUAAGCAAGACAGAAAAUCCUGUUCUUUCUCCUUCUUCUUCGUCAGCUGACAACCAGAAAAACUCAGACAGAAACACGGAGAACGCUCUCUUAUCUGUCGCGCCCCCUGGGCUGACUGCCAUCUCGCGCUUGACUUGCUUUUUCUCCGUCGUUUUCCGCUGCGUCCGAAUUUUUCGGUGUCUCCCUUCGAUGCGUACGUGAAAGGCAGCCCCGUUUUUGCUCUCCGCAGAGCCUGCAAGCGGUGCGCCGUGUCCAACGGGAAGUGGAAAGACACUUCUCGUCCCCGGAUUUGUGUUUUUCUCGUUUGUCCCUCGUUUCAGGAGUUCUUCUCGUGACUUGCCGUCGUGCCUUGGCGUUUCGCCGGCCUCGAUAACUCUGUUGCCUGCCUCAAGGGAACUGUUUGGGGAAGAGAUAAGUCCAGGUUUUCUCCUCUUCUCCAGAGUCCGCACUCUAAAAUGGGAAAACGUUUUUGAUAGUCUUAGAUCAGUCCUCGUCUAUGCUGUUGCUCGAUCAGACACCAGCGCUGUUUUCCACUGCCUGGGACUCGUGCCUCGACAUUCAUUUUCCGUCUCUUUUCCCUCUUGUCUUUUCCAAAGCAACUGGUUUGUCUCCGAGUGUAGACCUACAGACGUUUAGUCUUUGCGUUUUUUGUCUUGGCGGUCUGCUGCUCCAACGCGGAUUUGCAGUGUAUGUACACCUGAGAAGGUCCCUGUGUCUUGUCUCCGUGCUUCGCCGGAAAUCUUUCCCGUCGUGCCUCUGUUUUUCGCGAGGCGAGGAACACCUUCGGCUUUUUUCGGUCUUUGCAAAACGACGUUUCUUCAGCCGUUGUCGUCUUUGUCUUUUUCGUCACAUCUUCGCAGAUUUCGCGUGUCCCGGAUUUUCUCUCGCAUGGGGUGCCCCCCUCCGUGCUGUUGGCAGGUUCUUUCCCGGUGUGAUUGAUAUUUCCUUCCUGUGGAUUGUCGACCGUGUGUCGGUCUCAGAAACAAGCCAAAGAAUCGCAGAGAUCGGUUCCUCCUCUAGCUGGAUGGUUUCGUCUUUUUUCCUCGUCUCCUCUUCUGGUUUUUCCUUCUCCUUUCUCCUGUCGCCCGCCUCUCGUGCUCGUUGUUUUGUAGCAUCUUUGCGCUUGAAGUCAUUGAGAUGUCGACGAGCCUCCCGUGCCACUCACAAACAGAAAUGAGGUGCGCCUGUAUUUGAGAGAACAUGGCGUCAGCUGUGGAGCCGUUCCUCAGGUGUCGUGACACCCCAAGGUCCCGCUUUUCCUCCUCGUUUCAGGUAUCUCUUGCAUGAAUGUUGUAAUUCGGGUGUCGCUUUCCUGGCCACAUCGUGCUCGCUUGUUCUUUGCAGCUUCCCAGUUUGCAUUGGUUCCGUCGUCUUCCCUGCUCGCGAAACAGAAACUUGUCUUUUUCAUGGAGAAGAGAACCAGCGAUGAGUAAAGGGCCAGGUUUCGAUCUCUCGCCCUAGACCUCGGCGCUCGUCUUUUUUCCUCGGAGGGGGAUCGUUUCGCUGAGUCCUGUGCCCUCUUCGCCUCUUCUCUCCUCCUGUGUCUUCUUCCCCUCUGUUCUGCUUUCUCUUCUUCCCCGUCUCCUGUCUCCUCGUCCCUGUCUCAUUUCUCCUUUUCCUCGUCGUCCGCGUUUUUCUGUCGGCGAGCUUCUUCCCUCGUCUGCGCUGGUCGCACUUUUUGUGGCGGACCUCCAGUGUCCUUUUGUUUUCACGUUCCUCCGUCCUGACUGCUCUUUCUGCCUCGCUUUCUCGUCUCUCGCGACAGCGGGGGAGAGACGGAAAGAAGAAGAGAGGGCGACACCGAGGGGCUUCGUGGAAGAAGAUGAGGCCUAUGACGACAGAGACCCGCCGAAACGCAAAGGCGCAGGAGAGACGUUGGGCAGCGAAACGAGGGAGAGACAGGAAAUGAGAGUAGAGGACAGAAAGAGAGAAUAGAGGAAGGAGAGUAGAAGAAGAAGAGAGGAAGCAAGACGAGAAGGAAUAGUGGAGGAAAGGACACAGAAAAGGCGAGACGGAUUUUUGCAUCUGGAAUCCAUGCCUGGGUGUGAGACUCGAGUGUCUCCGAGGAAGAAAGGAGAGACGAGCUGCAGUGGUGGGAAGAGGAUUUCUCGAUUCUUCAGACCUGGCUUCUCGAAAGUCUUCUCUUGGCUUCUGUUCGACUUCGUUUUCUCGUAUUCUUGUUCUCUUUUCUUUCUCCUGCUCCCCCGCGGCUCCCGCUGUCUCGACGACCCCGAGUCCGGUCGCCGUCUUCUCACCAACAUGGGACGGUGGGUCGAGAAACCACUGUUUGUUUUUCGCUGUUUUUCGCAUCUUUCUUCUUCGCUAGGAGAUCCCCAGCGGUAUCCUCUUCCGCUGUUUCUGCCACUUCCUUAGUGGACUCCGCAACAUUUCUCUUCUUUCCUUUCUCGUGCCCCUCGUUUCCCUCUUCGGUCUUCUCUCUGCUCUCCUCAUCUCCUCGGCCUCCUGUUUUUUCCUCUCUUCUUUGUCACUUUUUGAUUGUGAGACGAGACGCCGCGCGCCUGCUGCCGUUUCGGAGGAGACUCGACGAGUAUUUUCCAGUUUUUUCCUCUCGUGUGUGUUUUUUUGGCGCCCGCUGUCGGUUCUGCUGCGGCUGCACGCGCGAAGCAGCUCCGACUGAGUGCAGCACUGGGGAGUCACUCGCAAGGGCAAGUUGUUUAGCGGUCUAGACACUCCGCUUGUCUGCUGGUGUGCCUCGUUGGCGAAAUUGUGAAUGUUUCGACUCUUUCGCAUGUUUCUCUUGUCUCUCGGCUUCCGUCUUGUCCCCUGCUGGGAUUCGCGAGUCAGGAAAUCUUUCUUCGUCAGCUGUGGAGCGCACAGAACACCUUGCAGAGUCGAAAUCUCAGGGAGAUCGGUGCAGAACGGUAUUUUUGUGUGAGCCAGGAACAGGGGAAGGGCGAGGCCCCAAACCAAGUUCUGCAUCCGUCAAAAUCCGUACGACUUCGCCAUAGAUUGUCUCCUCCCACCGCGCGGUCUCUUUUGAGGGAAAACGCAGGCAGAGAUCUGCGUUCGCGUAAACCCCCGCGGGUGUCUCGAACGCAGGUCGAGAGACUGAUCCAAGCGUUCUCUGUUUCCCCUCUCUCUUUUGUUCGUUUCUGGAUUCCGUCGCAGCUUUCCUCGACCGUGGCGUCACCGAGAGCGCGCGAACCGGCGUCAACGGCGUGUGUUUGCGUUUUUCUUGAAAGAUGUUCGUCCGCGGCUCUCGACAGUGCACCUCGUCCUGUGCGUCCCUGCCGGCUUUCUCUGAAGACCGCAGAGAGGCCGAAGGCUCCUGGAGUCGAAAUCCACCUCGGGACUGCUUCCGCGACGACGAGGCCGAAGCCAAGCGAAGCCGAGAGCUCGGGAGAGACAGAGAUCUUGACAGAGAGCGGGAUCUCGAGAGAGAAGUCUUCACGGGUGUGCCGGGACGACAGGGCGUGCCGUUGCCGGACCCUCUUCGCGAAGUGUCUUCGUCGUUUUUAUCUCCUCCUGCGAAGCCUGUCUUCCCGCCUCGCUCCUCCUCUUCGCCGACGUCUUCCUGUGGACGCGCCGCAUUCCACGGAGGCCUGCAAGAGGGCGAAAGAACUCACCUUGAAGAAAGAUCUCAACUGGAAGAACGACCUCACCUGGAGCGGCAGGGAGUGUGUGGGCGAGAAGAGACGAGUCGGGAGAGGGAGGUGCAUGCAAGGUAUUCGAAUUCGUUUCGUGGGGAGGAGCGCGCGCCGGUGUUCGCAGACCGCCUGGCAGAUGGCGAGAUGGAGGCAGGGUGCGUGCGAGACAGACGGUUUCUCCCGGAGAGAGACCCGCGAGGCGUCUACUGCGGAGGCGGGGAGCCUCACGAAAGGCUGUUCGCGUCGGAGUGCGGCGACCGGCGGGCCGAGGCGGUAGACGCAAGUGGCGAACAGAAAGAGCGACGGGAGCUCCUCGCCUUCGCCCCCUUCUCUCAUCCGUAUCCUGCGCAGUUCAUGCGCGAAGGCGAGGGCCGCGCCGGGGUGUACGUCCACUCCGAGAGGGAGUUCAAGGGCGAGGACACCAUGGAGUCCCGGAAGGGACGGGAGCAUCUGCAUGCGUUCCACGCACCCCGCGAGGCCUUCCCGGAGACCGAGGGAGGACGCAGAGACAGCGGCGAGUUCGCGCCUUUCCUCGGGGCGAAGGGCUUCGAGGACGAGGCGGACAGGAAUCGGCCGUUCAAACGCGGCUUCUUCGUGGGGGGACCCGAGCGUGAAGACGCUCCGUUCCCCGGCCACCCGUACCCCCCCAGGCACUUUGAGCCGCAGCGCGAGACGCGAGGCGACGCGCGUGCGUCGCCGCCGUCUUCUCCCUUUCUCCCGCCUUUCCGUAGAGCCGAGGAGCCGCCGCCGUUGGGCGCGCCGGUCUUCCCGCUGCGUCAAGGCGAAGAAAGAAAGCCGCACAGCGUAGACGUCUGGCGCAGCGAGGGCGCCGAAGACACAGGAGACACCGCGCCCCCUGGGCGCCCGGAUCCUCGCGCAGGUUCCGACCCUCGCGGCCUGCCGCUCCCCUCGUCAUACUUUUUCUCGCACGGGAACCUGGUGCAUGCAGAGGGCGAUGGGAAGCUGCGUGAAGACUGGCGCGAGGCAGAGGUGCGCGGCGCGGCUUCUCACGCAGAGGGCCGCCCCGAGCAGCGUUUUCCUUUCCCCUCGGAGGCGGGGGCCGCCUUCAGUGGGGACGGCCAUGCCCCCCACCUGUCUCCGCCGCCCCAGAGGGGGGGCGCGCGCGUCUGCGAGUCUUCAUUCUACCCGCCGCCAGGACCUUUGCCAUUCUUCGACGGCCCUUACCCUCCGCGGGCCGCGUACCAGGGCAUGGACGUGGGGGUGUACAGACAGCGCGAGGGGAGCGAGGGGGAAGCGCCGCGUGACUACCGCAUGCAGGUCCCCUUCCACCGGUCAGGCGCAGAGGAGCCCGAGGGCGACCGGCAGUUUUUUCUGUCUCCGGGCUUCAGCGCGUGGAGCGGGGAGGGCGACAAGCGUGAAGACGGCCGUGAGGGCCCAGAGAGAGAAAGAGAAGAGACAGGGUUUCCCCACCAACGGCCUGUGCCGGAGAGCGAACGCUUCGUCGCGCGCUUCUCCUCUCACACUCUGGAGGGGACGGGGCCUGUCUCUUUCCUCGUCGACACGGCCCCGGCCUCUCCCACCCUCCCGCCGGCCUUCGGCUGCGCCUCGAGAGACCCGCGGUUUCAGGCCUCGCCGCUCCUGCAGCCGCCGCUGCGGGGACCUGAUUUGGGUGCUGCGCCCGAGCUCGAGAAACCGGCAAGUCGGGAGGCGUUGCAGCCCAACUUCUUCCACGAGCGCGACGGAAAAGGCGCAUUUCUCGAGCGUGGACUCCAGGGGCUCAGCUACACGCCUGGGGGAGCGCAGUGCGAGCUCGAGGAAAACAAGGGAAGUGCGCCGCGGGAGAGCCUCGACUGUGGGCCGAAGGGCGCGAGUUUCCAGGGUGAGGGGCCCGCGCCUGAAAGCCCUGUGGGGUUCAACGGCCCUUUCCAGCCCCUCCACGUGAAGGCUCAGACCAUGCCGGCUCGGCCAUGCCUCGGCCACCCCACCACCUGCAGCUCUCCAGGGACGCGUCAGGGGGAGAGUUGUACGAGCGUCGAGGACAGCGCGUUCUUUUCAACUGCUUCCACGUAUCCCAAGACGGAGGCGGAAGGCGAGGGCGCCGCGCGAGCCGCCUCGACAGGGAGCGCAGUGUCUCUGGGCGACAGCUGCGGGUCUCCGGAGGCAUGCGCCGCCGACAGAGACGCAGUCGUCACGCUCCCCGGAGCAACCAGUGGGUACCCUUCGCCGGGCCUCCACGUCGCGGGCGCGGAACGCGGGGGGUUGCGUGAGCCUGACGGACCUGGAAAGAACGAGGAGAGACACCUGGAGAGCGAGCGGGAGCGCGAGUAUCGCCUGCAGCGGGAGAGGGAGGAGCGGGACCUGAUGCUCAGGCAGUGCUUCUUCUCCGAGCCUUCCUCGCCUCUGGAUCGGCAGAGAAACGCGUGCUCUUCUUCGGCCUUCCCCCCCUCGUUCCCCGCCCACCCCUCCGCCUUCCCCGCCUCGUUCGUAGGGUUGAACUGCGCGGCGCCGUCGGUCAAGGGCGACGGACGUGGACCGCUCUGCCAUCGGCCCGCAGGCGGACCUGGGAGUCUCCUGAGUCGCGAGCCGGAGCCGGGAGAACGCGAUCGGUUCCGCGAGCAAGGCUCCACGACGGGGCUCCUGCCCCUGCCCUACGCAUCUCCCGCGCGCCAGACCUCGCCCGGCGGUGGCGCGCAUGCGACGCGUGGCUGUCUGGGCCCAGGGGGCUUUCCAGGUGCGCCGUUCCUCGGGCGUCUUGGGCUCGAGAGCGGCCGAGACGAAGAACGCGGAAAAGGCGAGGGACGCAGAAGCCCCUCAUCGCUCCUCGGCUCUCGUCCUGAUCAGGCCGCGCCUUUUCUGCGACUCUUCGAAGAGUCCGAUCGCGGGCGCCCCGAGGAAGAAGGCCUGAAGGGGGAGGAGUGGCGCCGCAGGGCCGUGGGAUCUCUGGACCGUGGAGACGCGGCCCCGGAGGCGCCUCCGGGCGACACUCAACGUCCCGAGAAGCGAGAGCCAGUCCGAGAAGGGGACGAUGGACAAAAAGGAGACAGAGACGGCCGAGAAGAGGAGGUGAGGGGCCCUGGGCCGUGGCAGACGACGCCCCGUCCUCUCGAGGCGAGUCUCCAGUGGGAGGGGGCGUCUCCGACGGCGGAGGGCGACAGGGCGGGCCUUGUGGGGCCUCACAAGGAGACAGUGCGGACGCCGUCGCCAAGCGGACCCGUUUCGCCCUUUGCGGGGGUGUCUGCGGACGCCGGAGCGAAGCAGACGAGCGAGCGGAGACAGGGCCGCCCGACCGUGGAAGAUCUGCGUCUGCGUUCUCGUAUCGCGGACCCGGAAACGGCUCGGACCGAGGAGGGCGGCGCGUCGUGGCGCAGCUCUGAAAGAGGCAGCGGGAGGAGACAGCAGAGCCUGCAAGGCCCUGAAGAGAAGGACGAGAAGCUGGCGGAGACGGGACUCGGACAGACCCUGAAUGCGCGCGGAAGUUCGCAAGUCCCCGGAAAGGAUCGAGGAGACAGCAGCAUGUCGGUUUCGGGAGUCGGAGAACCUGAGGAGCGCCAGUCGUCCUCUGGGGAGCACAGGUCUGCGGAGAAGCGCUGCCAGAAGGAGGCGCGUGAGGAAGAAGGCACUUUACUGAAGGCUUCUUCGGGUGUGGUGCAGAGUUCGGAGGAGCCGCUGAUCGCGGGCAAGCCCAGUUUGCCUGUCGCCUUCUCCUUCUCUUCUCGGCAGAAGGAACCUUUCUCAAUCAUCACCUCCAUCGCUGCCAUGGCCUCGCCGCUGCCGCCACCGCCCGGCGCGACCUCUACCUUCGUCAACAACGCUCGAGCCUGGGGGAUGCUCUCAGGCGUCUCUCCAGGCCCAGACGCAGGAGUUUCUGGGCGCGGACCCUCCUCGGGGACGCCGCGCUUCGUCGCUUCCUCGUCCUCGGCAGGAGGCGGCAAGCGCGAGGCCGUGGGGAGGAGCUUCGUCGCGGCUCCCGCUUCAGAGACGACCGAAAUGGGCGAGUCUGGGGCUUCUCAACGCUCUGGGAAGACCCCAAAUCGCUCUGUAUCCUCCUCACGUGAAGCUAGUGGAGGACGCAACCGAGGACGAAGUGCGACAGCCACAAGCGCACCCGCCUCUUCGAGUUCCAGUUCUCCUAGUUGUUCGUCUUCCUCCUCUGCCGCUUUUCCCUUGCCUUCAUCUUCGCCCCCUACCUCAACAACUUCUUCUUCCUCUCCCACUACCUCAGCUUCCUCUUCUUCUCCCUCGUCCUCGUCCUGUUCUUCUCCCUCUUCGUCUUCUUCCUCCUCUUCGUCUCCCUCUCCAUCUUCCUCUUCUACCUCUUCUUCCUCUACUUCAUCUUUUUCUGUGCCUGGAGGAGAGACAGCAGCGACUACCUUGGGCUCCUUUUUCGCGUCUCCUGCGCCGAAAAAGCCGGCAGUGCGCGAGAGUCGCGGAGCGGCGCUGCGGUCGGCUCUGGGCGGGACCGGCCCCAGUGCCUCUGGGGGAACUGGCCCCACAGGGGCCUCAGGCCCUGCGGGGCCCUCUGCGGGAGCGGAGGGCGAAGGGGAGGAGACACCUGUCUCCUCGUCUGCAGAGCGUUGGCGAGUUUUCAGCUACGCGGAGGUCUGCAGCCGCGGCAGCAGCGGUGGCGCGCGCGGCGCUGGGGGACGGGGCGCCGCGCAUGCAGGCAGCGGAUUUUCUCGGAGCUCGCCAGGCCCUGAUAUCGGGCGCCCGCGGCGCGAGGACGAGGCCGCCGGGAGGGGCGGCACAGCCGGGCCUGGGGCCCAGGAGAAACCGGGGACCGAGGGCGGUGUCUCUCGCGCCUCUUCGUUGUUGGGCGCGUCGGGCGCGCGUCAGGGGCGCGAGCCGGAUAAGACCAGAGACAAGGCCCUCGAGACCCGUGACAAGACUGUGGGGUCCUCGCGUCCGGGCGGUGCUGUGGCGGGUGAGGAGGAGGUGUCGGAGAAGACUCGCGAGAGUCAUGCAGAGGCGGGGGAGAAGGAGAAAGCCGGUGGAACUUUGCGGGGGUCGCGGCCGCCCUUCACGUCGACUUCGACUGGAGCUCGACUGCCGGCGAUCAGCAGCAACAGUGCGUCGCUGAUAAUGGAUUUUCCAGCCUCGAAUUCGAGUGGGAACAGUUUGUUUUCUCGUAUUUCUCAGGCGUCUGCGGCUCCAGGCGCCGGCCGAGAAGUCGCCCCCGGGACCGGAGGCGCGGGGAAAAGUUCGAAGGAGGACGAGAAGGGCGCAAAGGCAGGCUCGGGGGCCUCCGCGGCUUCGGUUGCGAACGGCGAGGCGCCAAACGCAUCGAGCAGCGACUGCAGCGACGAGGAAGAAGAGGCGAUCACCCUUCUCCCCAAGGAGCUCGUGAGUCCGAAAAAGGAGCCCGACGUUCUCUGGGAAGGCGACGGCCUCACCGUCAUCGACAAGCCUCCGGGGUGGCACUGCAGCGAUGUGCGCUACGACCCGCAGACCGAAUCUCGACAACUCUGCUGCAUCGUCAGCUCCUCGCGGCCCGAGCCUCUCGGCUUGUACUGCAGUCUCCGAUUCAACUACCCCACAGGAAAGCUGAAGGAAUGCAACUUCGGUCUGGGCCACAGACUCGACGUUGACACAUCAGGGCCCAUCAUCAUUGCACAAACUUUGGAGGCUUGGCAGUGGAUCCGCGACCAGAUGCACAAGCGGAACAUCAGCAAGGAGUACAUUUGUUUGUGUCAUGGCACGUUGGCGGAGGGGUUCCACGUGAUCGACUCCCCAAUCAUCACCUCGACAGACGGCCGACGCCUCCAGUCGUACAUCCACCACGCAGGGCAGCCUUCGCUGACCGUAGUCAAGCCUCUGGCGCACCUCGAGCAUCGCGAGCUGCGGUACCCAGGGUCGACGACGCCCCUGCAAUUCACCUUGAACUGGGUAAAGAUCCACACCGGGCGGACCCACCAGAUUCGCGUGCAUCUGCAGAGCCUGCUGGACUCUCGCGGCCGUCCCCACUGUCUGGUCAGCGACGACAAGUACGGAAAUGGCCAGCAAGUUGAAGACUUCCAGUGGUGUCGGCGCCUCUUUCUCCACCAGCACAGACUCUCCUUUCGGGACUUGAAUGACACGCCCCAGUGCUUCGUCAGUCCUCUCCGCGCCGACCUUCUCAGCGCCCUCCGCCACCUCCGCGUCGUCCGAUCCAUGCACGACGCCUGGCACCCCCUCAGAGAUCACCUGCUUCUCGGGCCUGGACAGGCCCCAGGCAGCUCCUGCCGGACCUCAUCGCGAACCGGAGACAACGCAGCGAAUCGAGAAGGCCCGCGACAAACGGCGGGCAGGGAUGCCGGAAACAAAGAUGUCCGAAACAAGGACUCAGGACCUGGAGCCUCAGGAACUGGAGCCCCAGGAGGAGGCGACGGUUCGGGCGCCGGGGCUUCGGGGACUGGAGCCUCUGGUGAGGGGAAGUCUGGAGAGAAGCUGGAGAUCCACGUGGUUCUUACAGACGCAGAGCAGCGGGCGUACGACGCAGCGUGUCGAGCCAUGCAGCAGCACAACCAAGAGUACAGGCGAAACGCGGCUUCGCGCUGCUGCUUCUCCUCGGGAUCGGGCGCUUUGGGCGCGCCCUACGGCGCGUCACUGGUCGGCGGGGCCCUGCCGGUGUCUCCGCUCGCCGGCGGGCCUGGGGGGCUCCUGUUGGGCUCCAACAAGGCAGUCGCGGCUUCUGCGCUCUGCGGCCCGCCGUUGAUCAAAGUCGGUGCGGGUCUGAAGAACGUAGGAAACUCGGCACCCCUCGUCCCGCUCCUGCCCCCCAUCUCCACGGCGAUGCUCGGCGCUGCGGGUGCGGCCUACCAUGCGCAUCACCCGCUGAUGCUGAACCACAAGGGCGUCUUGGGGACUCCAGGGGGCCCGCAGGCGGUCGCCCUCCGGCAGCAGACCCGCGGGGGACCUGGCCUGGCGGCGCUGAAUGUUCCGCUAGCGAGUUCAGGCUCGAGCGGGGGUCUCAUGACCUCCGGCGCCGCAGGCGAGGAGGGCCGCGACGCCGCGGGAAUCUACAGCCGGAGCAACAGUGGGACCCUCGCGCUGUCGGGCGCCUUGGGCUCCGGGUCUCCGGGCGGCGCGGGCUCGCACACCUCGACGCGCGGUUUCGGAGACCCUUCGGGCGGCGACUGCACGCCGGCUUCCGGACGAGAGAGCGCCGCUGCCGCGGGGGCCAGGACGGAGAGGGACGGAGCAGCGCCAGACGGCUCGGGGCUCGACUGGAAAGGCAAGGCCUCGCAGGGGGCCCUGUCGACUUCGAGCAGCAGCGGGGUUGCAUCGUCGGGCGAAGCAACGCCUGGAGCCCGAUCCGCGUCGUCGCAAAGCAGCCUCUCGAGCUGUUCUAGCGCACAAAACACCUCCCGCUCUUUGCUGGGGACUGGAGGCGCCAGUCGCUUCUUCGGGUCCGCGGCAAAUACGCCGCCCUCCGCACGGUCCCUCGCCUUCGCGGGUCGCGUCCUCCCGGGCGCGGGCCCCGGACUGGGCUCUACGACCGCGGUCGGAACGAACCGCGCCCUGCCGGCGGCUCUGGACGCCAUGGUGCUGGGCGGGCCAAGGUCGAUGGCGAGCGCCCAGGCAGGUGCCUCGAGUGCGGGAAACCCCAAGAGUUCCGCCGGGAGCAAAGACGGUUUUUUCAGAAGCUUGCGAGGAGACAGUUCACGCGAAGGCGAGGCGGGCCACAGGUUGAGCUCCGCGGGGGCGGGAAUGAAUCGCUCCGGGCCCAGUCCUUCGGACCACCAGCUGUUCUCCUCCCUCGGUCGCACUUCGAGUUCUGGCGCCCGCGGCGACAAGGGCACCUCAGGAGAAACGCCCGAGAAGGGCGACGGAGCCGAAGGGCGCGGAGACGACCAGGGCCCCACAGUUGGGGACACUUCGCCCCCAGGGACUGACAAGGCGGGAGCGAGACCCGCCGCAACCGGCCCGAGGAGACAGCUUUACAAAGAGGUUCUUGUGCGAAGCAACAAGGGAGACGAGUCGGGGGCUCCAACGAGUUGAUGCGGAGCUCGGGAACUACGUCGGUUCAGGGAUUCAAUGUCGGCAGAGGUUAGACGGAAGAAGACGAGGGUCGAACGGGGCGCUACGAGACAGUCGCGGGCAGAAGAGCUUUUGGGAGGUGGCUUUUGUACAUCAGACGCCGAGUGCUCGUGUAAACGCUGUGACUGACGAAGCCGGCCUGGGAUGAUGAAAAGGGUCAUGGCAAUACGAGGGCGCGCUUGCCUGUGAUUUCGAGGGUGAGAUCAAGAAGGGCGCAGUUGGCCAGGGAGUAAAGGGACAUCUUUUUCCGACUCAGCUGUGGGGAAGAAGGCCAGAGGAAGAAAUGUGGAUGAUGAGGCUGGUGACCAAGAUGCAGGCAAACAACGCGGAUCUCGUGCAAGCGAGGAAACAAAGUUUAAAGAGGGAGGCAAAGAGGAACACAACGGUUCGCAGUGAAGGGUGGUACGAGAGGACGUGUAUGGCAUGUGUGUACUGCGGACUUGUGCACUCGGGAAUUUGUGGAAAAGGCAGCGUGUCGACUGUGUUAGUAGAGAUAAUCUUCUGGAAGCUUGAAGACCAAAGGAUCGACACCAUUGCGUCUUCUGUGUUAAACCCGCAUGCGUCUUGACAUGACUUUGCGAAACUGGUCGAUGUGUGGCAUGUGGAGCGUCGAGCUGGGCCGUCACCCCUUGGUUUUGUUGCACGACUUGCAAAACUAUCCGAGAAAGCAAAACGUGCAGCGCGAACCCGACCGUGUAUGGACGCACUUUGUAAGCGGUUGAAGGGCUACUCACAAAACAAGAAAACAGUUGCCGGGGUUUCAC